GGGGUGGGGAGGAAAGUUUUGUUGGCAUCUGGUUUCUGAUCUCAUUAUGUUGUGGUUGACCAAUCCUGCCCUCGGGGCUGGUCCCCGAGUUUGAAUCUGAUUGGCUAAGAGUACAUUUUGGGAAGGGGCUUAGAGCCCGCAGGGGCGGUUUCAAGGUUUCCAUUUGGGGGGGCCGAAGAGAGGGCGGGGCGGCAAGCGGGGGGCCCCCUUGAAACCGACUAAUUGGGAACGGAGAGGCCGAGGUGAGGGCUGGAAUAGGCACAAAGGAGUCCCUGGGCUGGGAGGGGGGGGUGGAGAGGAGAGGAUAGACGAGUGGAGGAGGAAGAGGAGGAGAGGAAAGGAAGCUUAGCUAAGCAGCUUCAGCGGCUCAGUCUGGCCGGGGAGAGCAAGUAGGCAGGCACCGUCCCCCCCCUCCCCCGCCCCUACUCCCCAACUUUUUUAACGGAGAAAAGUUUGGAAGAGGAGGCGGCGGCCGACGGGAGCUGUAGUGAUCUUGGGGCGAGGGGAGGGGGGGAAACCUGUGACCGAAAGUGGAGGGGGGGGGCGGCCAGCAUGCGGCCCCCCAGCGCCCUGCCCCGUCUGUUGCUGCCUCUGCUGCUGCUCCCCGCCGCAGGCCGGGCCCAGUUCCACGGGGAGAAGGGUAUCUCCAUCCCGGACCACGGCUUUUGCCAGCCCAUCUCCAUCCCGCUGUGCACGGACAUCGCUUACAACCAAACUAUCAUGCCCAACCUGCUGGGCCACACGAACCAGGAGGACGCCGGGCUCGAGGUGCACCAGUUCUACCCGCUGGUGAAGGUGCAGUGUUCGCCGGAGCUGCGCUUCUUCCUGUGCUCCAUGUACGCGCCCGUGUGCACCGUCCUGGAGCAGGCCAUCCCGCCCUGCCGCUCCAUUUGCGAGCGCGCCCGGCAGGGCUGUGAGGCGCUCAUGAAUAAGUUCGGCUUCCAGUGGCCCGAGCGCCUACGCUGCGAGCAUUUCCCCCGCCACGGAGCCGAGCAGAUCUGCGUGGGCCAGAAUCACUCCGAGGAUGGUGGGCCGGCGCUGCUCACCACCGCCCCCCCGGGACUGCAGCCUGGAGGAGGGGGCACCCCGGGAGGCCCCGGCGGAGGCGGAGGCGGCGGCGGCGGCGUUGGGGGAGGCUCCCCUCGUUACGCCACCUUGGAGCACCCCUUCCACUGCCCGCGGGUGCUCAAAGUGCCCUCCUACCUCAACUACAAGUUCUUGGGCGAGAGAGACUGCGCCGCCCCCUGCGAGCCGGCGCGCACCGACGGCUCCAUGUUCUUCUCGCAGGAGGAGACGCGUUUUGCCCGCCUGUGGAUCCUCACCUGGUCCGUGCUGUGCUGCGCCUCUACCUUCUUCACCGUCACCACCUACCUGGUGGACAUGCAACGCUUCCGGUACCCAGAGCGGCCCAUCAUCUUCCUCUCGGGCUGCUACACGAUGGUGUCCGUGGCCUACAUCGCGGGCUUCGUGCUGCAGGAGAGGGUGGUUUGCAACGAGCGCUUCUCCGACGAUGGCUACCGCACAGUGGUGCAGGGCACCAAGAAGGAGGGCUGCACCAUCCUCUUUAUGAUGCUCUACUUCUUCAGCAUGGCCAGCUCAAUCUGGUGGGUCAUCCUCUCUCUUACCUGGUUCCUAGCCGCUGGCAUGAAAUGGGGCCACGAAGCCAUCGAGGCCAACUCUCAGUACUUUCACCUGGCAGCCUGGGCUGUGCCAGCCGUGAAAACUAUCACCAUCCUGGCCAUGGGGCAGAUCGACGGCGACCUGCUGAGCGGGGUCUGCUUCGUGGGGCUCAACAGCUUGGACCCGCUGCGGGGCUUCGUGCUGGCGCCUCUCUUCGUUUACCUGUUCAUCGGCACCUCUUUCCUGCUGGCUGGUUUUGUAUCCCUUUUCCGUAUCCGCACUAUCAUGAAACACGAUGGUACCAAGACGGAGAAGCUAGAGAGGCUCAUGGUGCGUAUCGGUGUUUUCUCCGUGCUCUACACUGUGCCGGCCACCAUCGUCAUCGCCUGCUAUUUCUACGAGCAGGCGUUUCGGGAGCAUUGGGAACGCUCUUGGGUCAGCCAGCAUUGCAAGAGUCUCGCCAUCCCGUGCCCACUGCAGUACACGCCGCGCAUGUCCCCCGACUUCACCGUCUACAUGAUCAAAUACCUCAUGACCCUCAUCGUGGGCAUCACGUCGGGGUUCUGGAUCUGGUCUGGCAAGACUCUCCAUUCAUGGAGGAAGUUUUACACCCGGCUCACUAACAGCAGACACGGGGAGACUACCGUCUGAGGACACCGCACCUCCCGCCCACCCCAUCCCUGCCCCUCACCCCGUCUCUCACUUCUCUCCAGCCCCCCUGUCCUUGGGGAAAGUGCGAUUCAGGGUGUGAGCAAGAGUGACUUUCUGACCAAGGGGUGCGAGUGGGGAGGGGGUGGGGAAGGCCCACAAUCUUAUUUUAUUUUUUAAAAAUAAAUCUAAACCAUUUUCGGGGGUUUUUUUUAGGUCGUAUUUUUCCUCAAAAACUUUGUGCACCCUUCCCCCAAGGUUUGUAAUUAAAACUGUAAAUAGUCUUUGUAAAUUUAAUUAUAUAUUUUCUAUUUAAAAAGGAAAAAAAAGGAAAAAAAGACCAGCGAGAGAUACCGCAGGCUGGGUGAUUGGGGAUGGGGUGGGGUGAGGGUGAGGUGACCCUUUUUUUGAUACCCUCCCUUUCCUUCUAAGGUACGAAGUUUUUGGUGAUUUGGCAGGGCUGGGCCUGUCGGAGGAGCCACCAAGACUGAAUGCUGUUUUUGUUGGCUGUGAGGGAUUUCUUGCAGUUGAACUUCUGUAAAAGCCAAAUUUUGUGAGCCUUUCCCCUGACGCCGGAUCUGUGGAAGCUGUUCUGUGUUAACGGACAAGACUUGGAUGAAUAUUCUCUCUCACUCUCUCUCUCUCUCUCUCUCUCUCUCUCUCUCUCUCUCUCUCUCUCUCCUCCCCCCCCCGGCCUCCCCCCUUUCUGGAAAUCUAUCAAGAGAGAUGAAGACGUGGAAAAAAAAAAGGUGGGGGGAUCGGUGGGUUGAGAGUGUGGAAUGGCCUAGCCCAAGCUCCCCAGCCUCCCUUCCAGCCAAUGCAAAAAUCUCUCUUCCUUUUAACUUUGUUUUCGACGAACUACACCACCCCACCCCCUCUCACCCCAGUUUGAAUUUGUCGGACACUUGCAUUGUGAAGUGUGGGUUUCUUAAACAAAAGGGUAUUCCCAUCUUGAAACUCAACUGGCUUCCCCCUUCUGCCAGUGGCCCAUUAGAGUUGGUUUCGGGGGGGGUGGGGGGGUGCAAGAUAAGAGGUCGAACUACGAUGUCCCCAGAUAAAAAGAGCUUUGAGGUCCCUGGGCACCGGCAGCAAACUGUUCCUUCCCCCUCAACCA